AUGGCUCGAGCCGUGUCAUCACGCUCGAUGACAGACGAAGGCCGGCGCGCUGGUGGUGACGGUGAUAAUAAUCCUGGCUCGCGAGCGAGGACGAUGCCUGUAACAUCUCCCCCCUCGCCGACGGCCUCUCGGAGCGAUAGCACCCCUCGUCUCCCCGAGAUCCGAUUCAGCAUCCAACGAAGGCCUGGAGCAGCAGCAGGAGGAGCAGAUAUGGACGAAAGGACGAGCUUGCUUGACGCAGGCAGCCAGCACCACCACCAGCGAGGUUACAGCACAAAUCCUGCCUCUCCUCGCCCGGAUGCCUUCUUCAGACACAACAGCACCGCAGGCAGUCUGCGUAUGUCCAAAAGCCAUAGCCGUGCAAACUCGCAGGCUGUCAGGUUUGCUCCUUCGACCAGAGCGGCAGAGUUUGUACCUGCAGAGGCAAACGACGAGCCAACGAAACCUCCGAAUGCCUCUCCUUACUCUGAUGACAGGGUCUGGUACGACCAGUUUACGUCUACGGACUGGGUGCACGACACCAUUGCCGACGGUAUACGGCUGAGAGAGCUACGGAGCCGACGUGAUAUCCGUGGAAAGCUGCUGGCCUGGGUUGAUGGCGCUCAGGGAUGGGUUCUGGUUGCAAUAAUCGGCCUUCUUACUGCUUGCGUCGCAUACUUUGUCGACGUUACCGAGAUCGUCAUAUAUGACCUGAAGGAAGGGUUCUGCAGCAACAACUGGUUCAUGAGCAAGAAGCACUGCUGUCCGUCGGAAAAGGAGGCCUGUCUAGCAUGGCGUUCGUGGUCCGAAAUACUCGAAUCGUCGUCCAUCGACAGCAUGUGGAUCGACUUUGGAGCAUUUGUCUUCUGGGCCGUCUUGCUAGCGGCCGGCUCCUGCACCCUUACGCUGCUCACCAAGACCGUCGUCCCGUCCUCCAUCUCUCUCACAACCCUGGAUGAAGAUUUCGGUGCCGUGGGUAGUUCCUAUCCCGAUGAGACGCCCCAACCUACCAAGACCAACCUCGAUGUCAGAGCCGUCCAAGAUGCAGUCCCGCCGCCUAUGGUAUACUACUCUGCCGCUGGAAGUGGUGUUGCAGAGGUCAAGGUCAUCCUCUCUGGCUUCAUCCUGCACGGAUACCUUGGAGUCCAGACGCUCGUCGUCAAGACUUUGGCCUUGGUCCUGAGUGUUGCGUCCGGUUUGAGCGUUGGAAAGGAAGGCCCCUACGUCCACAUAGCCACAUGUAUCGGUAACAUCUGUUGCCGACUCUUCUCCAAAUACCACUACAAUGAUGGUAAAAGGAGAGAGGUGCUAAGUGCCAGUGCUGCCAGCGGCGUUGCUGUUGCCUUUGGAGCUCCCAUCGGAGGUGUUCUCUUCAGUCUGGAGGAAGUCAGCUACUAUUUCCCGCCAAAGACCCUCUUUAGGACAUUCUUUUGCUGUAUUGCCGCUGCCCUUUCGUUGAAGUUCCUUAACCCCUACCAGACGGGCAAAAUCGUUCUCUUCCAGGUCCGCUAUGUAUCCGACUGGGAAAUGUUCGAGCUCGCCAUUUUCAUGCUUCUCGGAGUCCUCGGCGGCGCCUUUGGUGCUCUCUUUAUCAAAGCCUCAAAGAUGUGGGCUCAGACAUUCCGUCGUAUCCCCGUCAUCAAGAAGUGGCCAAUGCUCGAAGUUGUCCUGGUUGCCCUGAUCACCGGUCUCAUCAGCUUCUGGAACCGUUAUACCAAGCUUGCCGUUUCUGAGCUGCUCUUCGAGCUCGCAAGUCCCUGUGAUUACGGUGGGAAAACGGAGACUGGAAAUGGCCUGUGCCCGAAAAGAGAAGACAUCCCCGACGUCAUCAAGUACCUAGUAGUUGCGUUCAUCAUCAAAUCUUUCCUCACCACUAUAACCUUUGGUAUCAAGGUCCCAGCUGGUAUCUACGUUCCCUCUAUGGUUGUCGGUGGUCUCAUGGGUAGAAUUGUCGGUCAUGUCGCCCAGUACUUCGUCGUUCAUUAUCCGAAUUUCUUCCUCUUCGGACAAUGCCCAAGUACCAAGCUUGCGGAGUCAUGCGUUAACCCUGGUGUUUACGCCCUCAUUGCUGCCGGCUCAACCAUGUGUGGCGUCACUAGGCUAAGCCUGACGCUUGUCGUCAUCCUGUUCGAACUCACAGGCAGUUUGGAUCAUGUUCUUCCUUUCUCCCUUGCCAUUCUAUGCGCCAAAUGGGUUUCCAACGCAGUCGAGCCUCUCAGCAUUUACGACCUGCUUACAGACAUGAACUCCUACCCAUUCCUCGACAACAAACUACAUCCCAUAGCCAACAUCGAGCUCGGAGACAUCGUUCCUCGUGUCCGAAGGAACAGAGUCAUCGAUAUCUCAAACUCCCCACUGGUCCGUGCGACUGAACUGCGCGAAAAACUGGACAAGCUCCUGAUGGCCGGCGAGCUCGAUGGUGGCCUGCCAAUAUUAAACAAGAAUAUCCUUGUUGGCUUAAUCCCAGCUCCCGAGCUGGAAUAUGCGCUUGAUAAAUUGGACUCGGAGGAGGAUACGAUGUGUUUGAUGUCUAUGCAGUCGUCGUAUCUAGGCGAUGGAGAAAAUGACAUGGACGUCACUGAUUUCACGCCAUUUAUUGACCCAUCACCUGUUUCACUAGAUAUCCAUUCGCCUAUCAACCUGGUUUACCAAUGUUUCGUUAAGUUAGGGCUUCGAUACAUGUGCGUCCUUCGAGAUGGACAGUAUGCAGGCCUGGUACAUAAAAAAUCUUUCGUCAAAUUCAUGAAGGAGACUGAAAAGGCUUCGGCCGCGAUCCACUAA